AUGCCUCUGAAUUCCUCCACCAGUGCUACAUCUGACGGGCCGGACCUCAAUAACCACGACUUUGAGUUCGCGCAACGCGGAUUGGUGCAGCCUUUGAACGAUCCAAUCAUCUUCUCAGACACCACGAAGGAAGUUGUCUGGGAUGCGCAGGCAUACAACUUCCUUGAAGAGGAUUGCCCCCCAACUGCCAAUAAAUCUCUAUGGAGGCAGGGCCAGCUCUGCAGCGUCACGGCUGGCCUUUAUUUUGUUGUUGAAGGGAUCUAUCAAAUACGUGGCCUUGACUUGGCCAAUAUGAGCAUUGUUCAGGUCCCGAAUACAAAUAAAAUCAUCAUCGUCGACUGCUUGACCUCUGUUGAAACGGCGCGCAAAGCAAUUGAACUAUACCAGGAAUAUCAUGAAUCUCGAUUUGGCACUAAACCGGAAAUUUGCGCUCUUUUCUACACCCAUUGCCACGCUGACCAUUUUGGCGGCGCACAGGCCGUCAUAGAUCUUGCAAAUAACAAACAUCUUCGGAUUAUUGGUCCAGAAGGCUUCCUCAAACAUGCAGUCAGUGAGAAUAUAUACGCGGGGGGAGCAAUGACUCGCCGGGCCAUUUACAUGUAUGGGGAGGCAUUGGAUAAAUCACCCACUGGCCAGAUUGGCUGUGGCCUCGGACAGGCCGUAUCCGUGGGGACAAGUUCGGUAGUGGCACCAAAUCAGAGCAUUACAGAAGAUGGUGUUCUCAAGCCAGGCAUUGAAGGCUUGGAGAUCAUCUGCCAACUUACGCCGGGAACGGAAGCUCCUGCAGAAGUAAACUUUUUCUUCCCAUUUUACUCUGCUCUCUGCAUGGCUGAGAACGCAACUCAUACGCUGCACAAUAUCCAAACUCUGCGAGGUGCACCAGUUCGUGACGCUCGAAUUUGGUCUCGGUAUCUUGACGAAUCCAUAUCUCUGUUUGGGGAGAAGACUGAGGUGGUGUUCUCUACUCAUCAUUGGCCCACUUGGAACGAGAAUGGCGAGAAUUUGGUCGGCACUUAUCUAUCGGAACAGCGUGACUUCUAUGGCUAUCUUCAUAAUGAAACGCUUCGACUUCUUAACAAUGGUAGCACUCCUGCGGAAAUAGCAGAGGAGAUUCAAACACCUCCAAACAUAAGUUUGCAAACACACAUCCGUGGCUACUAUGGCUCUGUCAGUCACAAUGUCAAAGCAAUCUACGACAAGUACAUGGGUUGGUAUGACGGCAACCCGGCAAAUUUAUGGCCACUUCCUCCUGUUGAAGAGGCAACCCAACUUGUUCAGUGUAUGGGAGGAAGUGACGCCGUUCUUAAGCUAGCCCGAGAAUAUCAGGCCGGUCAAAACUUGCGGUUUGCGGCCACUCUGUUAAAUAAGCUCAUUUUUUCAAACUCCUCUAAUCAAGACGCCGCAAAGGAACUCCUAGCUGAGGUUUAUAAGGAGUUAGGACAUGGCGCAGAAAAUGCGACCUGGCGAAACGUCUAUCUUUCUGGAGCCUAUGAACUACAAAACGGGCCCCAACCAGCAGCCAACGCAAUGGACCCCGGCUCUUUGAUGGCUCUUACCUUCGACCAACUGUUUGACACGGUUGCCGUACGUGUAAAGGGGCCAGAUGCAUAUAAGCAUAAUGGUCCUGUCACAAUUGACUUCAUGGUGGAGGAUAUGCCGCACAAAUUGGGGACGACUAAGGCUGGGUGGCAUUUAAGACUAAGCAAUGGUGUCGUGACUGGACACGGCGUCGCAUAUAACGCUCCCCCCGAGCCACGGGACGAGAAAGUCAGACUUACUGUAUGGAGCGAUCACAAGACUCUCGUGACGAUUGUGGCGACCGCAGCUGCGGGCAAACCCUCCAAGCUCGACCAAUAUAGCGUUGUUACCGUUGGAGAGACCAAGGACUGGGAUGUUAUUACGUCUUUCAUUCAAGUUCCCAACCCUGCAUUCAACAUUGUGACGCCUUAA